GUCCACCUCGCUCGAGAAAUUUGUGUGCUUGCUGCUCGCCCCCGUAGCCCACAAUUCUGUCCAACACCCGCCCAACUGUCGAUAUUCUCUGUCCUAGCAGGGGAUACAUGCUUCGACCUCCACUCGCUACCAGAUACAAACGACUGUUAUAUCCCAAUUCGCGUAGUUCGCGCUAGACUCAUCCAAUAUGGCUGCUGGUGUUGUGAACAUACGUCGUGAUGUCGACGACAAAUUCUACCGCUACCGCAUGCCCCUCCUGCUGACCAAAAUCGAAGGAAAGGGUAACGGUAUCAAGACUGUCGUCCCGAACAUGUCCGACGUCGCCCGGGCGCUCAGCCGGCCGCCCAUGUACCCCACCAAGUUCUUCGGCUGCGAGCUCGGCGCCCAGGUCACCGGCGACGAGAAGAACGACCGCUACAUCGUCAACGGUGCCCACGACGCGACGAAGCUGCGCGAGUUGCUCGACGGCUUCAUCGACAAGUUUGUCCUCUGCAAAUCGUGCAAGAAUCCUGAGACGGACCUCGUCAUCACCAAGGGUGAUGUGAUCAUCCGCGACUGCAAGGCCUGCGGCGAGCGCACCGGUGUUGACAUGCGCCACAAACUCACGACCUACAUCCUGAAGAACCCGCCGAAGAACCCGAAGAAGUCUAAGAAGAAAACCUCUGCCGAUGGCAGCCCGAGCCCCGCCAACGGCCACGAGAAUGGUCAUGCGGGUGAUGAUGCAGGUGGCGACAGCGACGACGAGCUGACGAAGCGCAUCAAGGCAGACGCUGCUGUGCUCAGCCCUGAGGCCAGCGCCAUUACGAAGGAGGACUGGUCCGUGGACACCUCUGAGGAGGCUGUGAAGGCCCGCGUGAAGGCUGUGGAGGCUUCUAUGGGGGCUAUCGCUCUGGGCGGGGACGAUGAGAGCGACGAGGACGAGGAUAGCCCGUAUUCCCAGCUCGGCCGUUGGGCCCAAGAGAACCGCGAAUCCGGCCCGGUGGAGGUGUACAAGAAGGCGGAGGAUUUGGGCAUUGCGAAGAAGCACAAGGCCGUGCAGGUCCUUGCGCAGACGCUGUUCACCGCCGAGGUUGUGGCGGAGAUCCCGAAGUAUGCACCGCUGUUUGCGAAGAUGGUUACUUCCGAAAAGCACCAGAAGUCCUUGUUGGGAGGUAUCGAGCGUUUCGUGGGCGUUGUGCACCCCGACCUCGUUCCGACUGUGCCGAAGAUUCUCAUGGCGUUCUACCAAACUGACAUUAUCGAUGAGGAAGUUGUCACGCAGUGGGGGACGCACGUCAGCAAGAAGUACGUCGACAAGGACACGAGCAAAAGGGUCCGCAAAGCGAGCGAGCCGUUCCUCAAGUGGCUCGAGGAGGCUGAGGACAGCGACGAGGACGACAAGUGAAGUUGUUGACGUAUUACUACCCUGUGCCAUAUAUGCAUGUUCAUCACUGCUUUGUAUCGCUAUCUUGACUAAAGUUAUCACCGUCUCACGCAUAC